AUGAAACCUAUUUUGGCAAAACUGGCACUGGUGAGACCUAAUGAGGACCAUGACCACCCUUCAUACGGAGCCUACACGAUGGAUGCCCUUCAAAAGGGGCUGCAGAAAAGGCGGAAACAGCUGUGGUUCCUCAAUGUCAAGGCAAGAUUCAAGAGACGGGCCAGGGGACCUGCCUCCGUGAUUCGGAGUCGUCGACCGGCACAUUUGGUGAUUGGUCGCCGGCCAGGGCAGCUUCCAGGGACCUGGCACUGCAUUACCCGAGCCUUGGUCGGUGACAAAUUUGUCUUCAUUGACUCUGACAACUACCACUACUUCCCUAAUCGUGAGGAUCUUCUUACAAACUUUUUCGAAACAUUUGAUGGGGUGUAUGCAGUUGAGGACAGGUCCAUACCACAAAAUCUCCGACCUCCGAUUUUCUCCGACGUGUACCAAAAGAUGGUACAUAAGGAUUGGAAGAGCGAGGAGGGCGGCAAUGAGCAGGUGGACGCCGGUGCGAGCGGCGGGCGGGUGCAGUGUGCUGACUGGCAGGACGGCAAAAGGGCGGUGGCUGGGCGGUGGCUGGCCGGCGGAAGGACGGCGACGGGACGGCAAAAGGGCAGAAGCAGAGAAGGGAGGGAGGAUGGACGGAGGGAGGGAGGGCGUCAGUGGGGCAGCAAGACGGCCGAGAACGAGUGGGACGGGCCGCAGCAUAGUGAAAGCAGACUAGGUCCAUGCGGAGGGAGCGGUCCUAGCGGCCAUGGUACAGGGACUUGGCCUCUAGAACCCUAG